GAAAGAGCUCUCUAUAUUUGCCCAAACACAUCGAAAUUAAAAUUUCGAUUGUUUUUCCUUUUCUGGGAAGGACUUUAAUGAGCUCGUGUUGGAUAAGCAUCUGAAGAAAUUUCUAGGGUUUCAAAUUCGAGCCCUAAUCAGGUAUAGUUCGCAUCGAUGGGUCGUUCUCGCGCAGUUCCCCACUCCGCGGAUGAGGAUCCCAGUCAAAGUCGAUCCAAGAGAAAAAGGACUGCUUCAAAUGUUGAGAAUUUAGAGGCAGCAGCUACAGGUCAAGGAAUGAAUGAAGGGAAAAAGGCUUUGUACCACUGUAAUUACUGUAACAAAGAUAUUUCGGGAAAGAUCCGCAUUAAGUGCGUAAUGUGUCCUGAUUUUGACCUUUGUGUGGAGUGCUUUUCUGUUGGAGCUGAGGUGUCACCUCACAAAAGCAAUCAUCCUUAUAGGGUUAUGGAUAAUCUGUCAUUCCCACUAAUAUGUCCUGACUGGAAUGCAGAUGAGGAGAUAUUACUCCUAGAGGGUAUCGAAAUGUAUGGAUUGGGGAACUGGACUGAAGUUGCAGAACACGUUGGAACAAAAAGUAAAUCACAAUGUAUUGACCACUAUAAUACAAUAUACAUGAACUCCCCGUGCUUUCCACUUCCGGACAUGUCUCAUGUUAUGGGGAAAAAUAGGGAGGAACUCCUUGCUAUGGCCAAGGAGCAUGUUGAAGUUAAGAAAGGAAUUCCUAUGCUUGGGGAACUCACUAUGAAAGAAGAGUCUCCAUUCUCGUCAAGAGUCAAGGUUGAAGAUCAAAGAAAGGAAGGUCCAGCAGAUAUGGUCUCUGGUGUGGGUACUAGCAGCGGUAACACAGCCACAGGUGAAGUUAAAAGGGUAUCCAGUGUGACACAGAUUAAAGAUGGUCGUGACGGCAUUAAAGUGGAAGAUUCUCAUGCAGACAGAAGCAUUGGAGAGAAAAAACCUAGGACUUCAGGGGAUGAGGGGCCUUCUAUGACAGAUUUGAGUGGCUAUAAUUCCAAGAGGCAAGAAUUCGAAAUUGAAUAUGAUAAUGAUGCAGAGCAGUUACUAGCAGACAUGGAAUUCAAGGAUACAGAUCCUGAAGCAGAGCGUGAACUAAAACUGCGAGUAUUGCAUAUUUACUCCAAAAGGCUUGAUGAGAGGAAACGCAGGAAGGAUUUUAUACUGGAAAGAAACCUACUUUACCCUGACCUUUUUGAGAAGAACCUCUCACUUGAAGAGAGGGAAAUAUGUCGGCGAUAUAGGGUCUUCAUGCGAUUCCAUUCAAAAGAAGAGCACGAGGAAUUGCUUAAGAGUAUCAUUGAGGAACAUCGUAUUCUGAAAAGAAUACAAGAACUUCAGGAAGCUCGAGCUGCUGGCUGCCGGACAUCAGCCGAAGCUGAAAGAUAUAUUGCACAGAAGAGGAAGAAGGAAGUUGAAGAAAGUUCUCGUAGAGUGAAGGAGAGCACCCAGGCUGGUCCCAGUGGUAAAUUCCUGCAAAGGGCGAAUCAUCUUAAAGGUGAACUUGAUGGCAGCCCUACGGGAGGUGCAAGGGGAUCCACAGGUCUAGAUUCUAGUGGCAAGGACUCUUCUUCAACAACUGCUGGACAAUCAAUUUCAAGCUCCUUAGAUGAUUGGGACAUCUCUGGAUUUAUUGGAGCUGAUUUACUCUCUGAAACUGAAAAACAGCUCUGUGGCGAGAUCAAGAUCCUACCUUCACAUUAUCUUAAUAUGUUGCAGACUAUGUCAAUAGGUAUUUCGAAUGGCAACAUUACUAAGAAAUCAGACGCCCAUGGCCUAUUCAAGGUUGACCCAAACAAGUUGGAUAGAGUUUACGAUAUGCUUGUGAAGAAGGGGAUUGCCCAACCAUGACUAGACUUCAUCUGCAUUUUUUCAGAAAGCUCCUGAACCUUGGUUUUUCUCAAGAUAUAGUUUGCACUCAUUUGUUGAUGCAUAUUUUAGGUACCUAUUAUCAGCAAUUUACAUGGCAGUAACAGGGCAACAUCCUCUUCCGUCAAUGCCCAAGAACUGUAGCUUAAAGUUGAUGUUUACUGCAAGGAGGAAGAUGGGCUGUAGAUUAUGGAGCUUGAGCUUGGGAAUCUAUAAUGUUGUUUGUAUCUAUAGUACUGUUUUUCUCCUUCAAUUAUUACACAGUUAAAUCUAUAAAUUAUAAACAUUUUGUACAAUGUCAAAGUUGCAAAAAAUUUCUUUUACCUACCAAAAGGGGUGAUACUGAUAUCUGUACACUAUUUAAAAUAAUAUAUAAUUAGAUGAGUUUUUUUUA